GGCAAACUCGAACCCGAAACUUCGAAGCGGUCAAGAUCUGCAGCUCAUUCCGCAAUCUGCCAGCUUCCGCAGCGAUGUUCACGGUCGACGCGCUGAAGCUCUACUUGGAGCAGCACGAGCAAGGCGUCGCGACCGCCAUCGGCGUCUCCGCCGGCCUCUUCGCCGCCGGCCUCCUCUUGCAUUCCAAGGCCGUGCUCAGCAUGUUCGUGCCGGGCAAGUCGUUCCCGGCGUCCCAGCUCUUCAACUGGGUCGCAUCCGCCGCCUUCUUCCUCGUCGCCGUCCGCGUCGCCGCCGUCAACCAGCAGCUCGCGGCCCACGCCAACGUCGCCCACGACGUCAACUCGGUCCUCGUGGGCUUUGCCGCCCUCACGCUGCUGCUCGCCGACUUUAGCGUCAGCGCGAUCCGCGCCGAGUCCAAGUCGGUCGUUGUUUCGAUUGGCGCGGCCGCGCUGGUCUUCUUCAUCUCGCUCGUCGGCGUCCUUCGCAUUGAGAGCUCGGCCUUGACGCAGGGCGCGAUCGUCGCCGCCAUCGUUGUCUUUGCCACCGCGAUCUUCACGACGGCCAAGGACGUGGCCAACACGAGCACGAGCCGCGACGGCAGCGACUUCCAGACGACGCUGCUUGGCUCGACGCGCCUUCUCUCGAACCCCGACUCGGUCUUGUCGCGCGACGGCGUCAACGCCCGCUUCGACGAGUACGACAAGCUCUUUGCCGGUGCGCGCAAGGAGGCGGGUGCGAUCUCGACCGAGGAAAGCAUCAAGCACCGCCAGACCGAGUACAAGGUCAUGGUCGACAGCUUCUACGACCUCGUCACGGACUUCUACGAGUACGGCUGGGGCCAGUCGUUCCACUUUGCCAACCGGUUCCGCGACGAAACCUUCCGCGAGUCGAUUCGCCGCGUCGAGUACUUUUUAUCCGGCAAGCUCGGUCUCUGCAAGGGCAAGUACGCGCUCGAUAUGGGCUGCGGCAUUGGCGGGCCCAUGCGCAACAUUGCGCGUUUCUCGGGCGCCAAGAUCAAGGGGAUUACAAUCAACGAGUACCAAGUGCGCGUCGCCAACCGCAACAACAAGCAGAACGGCCUCGAGGACCAGUGCCACGUCCAGCAAGGCAACUUUAUGGAGAUGCCGUUCGAGGCCGGUACCUUUGACAGCGUGUACGCGAUCGAGUCGGUGUGCCACGCGCCGGACAAGAAGGCGUGCUUUUCGGAAGCUUGCCGCGUCCUCAAGCCCGGUGGCGUCUUUGUCGGCCUCGACUGGGCGGUCCUCAACCAUUACGACCCGACCAACAUGCACCACGUCGAGCUCAAGGAAGGUAUUGAAGUCGGGAACGGGCUGCCGACGCUGGAGACGCCGGCGCAGAUCGCCAAGGCCCUCGAAGACGCCGGUCUCGAAGUGCUCGAGCACUUUAGCCUCCAGGACAACCACCGCGACCCGAACGAGAUUCCUUGGUACGACACGCUCGAAGGCAAGUACUUUACGCUCCAGGGCUUCCGCAUGACGUGGCUCGGCCGCCAGUGCACGCACAUCCUCGUCUCGACGCUCGAGUUCCUCAAGAUUGCGCCGAAAGGCACGGUCAAGGUCUCGCUGAUGCUCAACAAGACGGCCGACGACAUUGUCGCUGCCGGCAAGAUGGACAUCUUUACGCCGUCGUACUUUUUCAUGGCGCGCAAGCCGCUCACGCCCAUCAAGUAGACGAGGCGGCCUCUAACCUAUAUCUUUCUCUUGCUGUA